AUGGACCCUCUAUCUGUCGCUGGUCUCGCCAUCGGUGUGGCCUCCAUUGGCCUGCAGGUCUAUACUCACUGUGUCCAGGGGAUACAGCUGCUCGUCACUGCUGCCAAUUUCCCUGAGGACUGCAGGUAUCUCAAUCUGCGCCUGCGCAUGGAGCAACAGCGCUUGUUUGCUUGGAGCGAAACAUCGGGCCUGCUUGCCCUAGAUGCCAAUGACCGGCAGAAAAUUCUCGAGUCCAAUACAUUCAUUUUACAUCGUCAGACAGUUCUUGACCUUCUGGUGCAGGUUGAGUGCCUCUUUAAGGAGUUCCGAGAACAGCAAAUUCGAUACAGGCGCCUUCAGACAAUUCCCGAUGAUGACCAUAUCCUCCAGCAACCAGAGAAAGAUGCUGCGGAGGCAAGCUUUCCCCUGCCGACGCGGCGUAGGGACUUCAUUAAGAAGGCCAUGCAGAGUUUGAAAGCCUCUUCUAAAGAGGGUGCCUUGAGGUUACGUUGGGCGUCGUUUGACAAAGCAGCCUUCGAGCUGUUGCUUGCUAAGUUCUCCGCGCUCAACGAUAGCAUGACGAAUAUCCUCGAUGCCAGAUUGCAGGUUGAGAUUCAUCACACGGUCCAGGAUACCAAUCGUGGCGUUCUACAACUGCACCACAAAAUAGCGGACCUGUCGAGGUUGGUAAUGGCGCUGAAUCUCAAGCUAGAGACAUCUUCGGCGUUGCCUGUAUCGCCGAUGGCGAUGGCUCAGAAACGAGCCAAUGCAGACAGUUUGCAGUUUCUUUCCCAACUCGCCAAAUUCAAGGCAUUCAACGAGUCCAUCGAGUCCGACAACAAAGCAGCUCCAUUGGAUGAGGCCACGGCUAUAUCCAUGAUCGAGUUGGGUUCCGCCGGAGAAGAUGUCGACUUGCCCAGAUGUGACGCAAUCUUGCGCCUGCCUGACGGCCAGGCAAGAAAAGUGUGGGUGGAAUGGAAGGAAUAUGACAGACAACGGCCAGGUGAUAUGUCACCACCUAAGGAGGUCAUCGUGGAGAGGGUCUGGAAACUGGCAGCUUUGCUGAACCAUAAGCCCAAGCCCGAUGCCUUCCGAACUCCUCAUUGCUUGGGCUUCUUUGACAAAGCUGGAGAUGGCAAUGCAGACGACGAUGAGGAUAUUCUCAACAUGCGCCUGGGCCUUGUGUUUGAGCGCCCGCUUGACAAUGACUUGGACCAAAAUUUGCCUCCAAUAUCUCUACGGGAGUUGCUGCAACUCCCAGGCAAACCGCGUGUCACAGAACGAGUCAAGCUGGCCCAUGCCAUCAGCAACUGCUUGCUGUACCUUCAUGCUGUGAAUUGGCUGCACAAAGGCCUGCGCAGCCACAACAUCAUAUUCUUCCGAAAAACGAAUGGCACAAUAGACUACUCGAAGCCCUACCUUUCCGGGUUCGACUUUUCUAGGCCUGCUCGACCGGACGAAAUGACUGACUUCCCAGGCGACAAUGCCGAGCACAACCUGUAUCGGCACCCUCACGCCCAAUCACCUAACCCUGAGCAACGCCAACGCUUCAAGAGAAGUUUCGACAUCUAUAGCCUUGGAGUCCUUAUGGUCGAAAUUGCCCACUGGGCUCCAAUUGAAAGAGUCCUCGGUCUCGACUUGGAUGCUGUCAGAUGGAAGCCAUCGAUAGCCCUCCGGGUACGAGAGCAGUUACUUGCCGAAGACCAAAUCUCUGCGCUAGGUGCUUGCAUGGGAGAGAUUUACGAGGUAGCGGCCCGAAAGUGUAUUGCUGGCGGCGCAGAGUUAGGCUUAUCUGAAGAGGACGACGAGACCGACAGCGCAGUUGCUGCACGGCUUUCUAUGGUUCUUCACGAGAACGUGGUCAAGCCUCUCGGGGAUAUUCGGAUCUAA